AUGGAUUCAACUGGACAUGCAUCAGGAGGUGAAGGCGGUGGUAUUGCUGGUGGUUCAACAGAUGAUGUGGCAAAUAGCGGUGGAGUCGAUAAUUCAUCGGCUAAUAUGUCGAGUGGCGGCCGAAGUGACACUUCAUCUUCCGCUACAACAAAUGGUGGUGAAGUGGAUACAUCAUCAGCCGAUCCAGCGAAUGAUACAUCGGUUGUCGCUAGAACAAAUGAUGAUGAAGUUGAUAUGGUCACUAUCGCUUAUCUUAAGAACGUUUUCGUCUAA